AAAUACAGCACAUUUUUGUUCUUUAACGUGACAUUUGGAGGCGGCACAGUGGUAAAGCAUGGAAGGUUCGUCAAAGAAAAAUAAACUCUUCUCUGGAGAGGGUGACGAAAAAGUCAACUGGAAAAAACGGAAAGCAGAAAAGAAAGAACAGAAGAGGAAAUGGAAGGAGGCCAAGCUGAUUCAGCAGCUGGAGAAACAAAAGCAAAAGGAAGAAGAGGCGAAGCAGGAGGAGCAGGAGGAGGAGACGGAGGAGAUGGCGAAGACUAAAGGUCGUUUGUACACAGUAAGUGUGGCUCUGCCGGGCUCUGUGUUGGAUAAUGCUCAGUCACCUGAACUUCGCACUUACCUGGCUGGACAGAUCGCUCGUGCCUGCGCCGUCUUCUGCGUGGACGAGGUGGUGGUGUUCGAUGAGCAGGGAGAAGACACAAAGGGAACUGUCGAGGGAGAGUUUAAAGGAGUUGGUAAGAAAGGUCAAGCGUGUGUUCAGCUGGCCCGGAUCCUGCAGUUCCUGGAGUGUCCACAAUAUUUGCGGAAAGCAUUCUUCCCCAAACACCAUGACCUGCAGUUCGCUGGUCUUUUGAACCCUCUGGACAGCCCACAUCACAUGCGUAUUGAUGAGGAGUCAAAUUUUAGAGAGGGCGUGGUUGUGGAUCGGCCAUGUAAAGCGGGAAAAGGGUCUUUCGUCAACUGCGGGAUGAGAAAGGAAGUUCAGAUAGAUAAGCAGCUUCAGCCUGGACUGAGGGUGACUGUACGACUUAAUAAAAACCAAAACACAGAGAGCAGGGUGUAUAAAGGAGUAGUCGUGGCUCCUCAAGUUCCCAGGACAGAAGGUGGGCUUUACUGGGGCUACAGCGUACGCCUUGCUUCCUGCCUCAGUGCCGUAAUGACUGAGUGUCCAUUUGAAGAUGGCUAUGAUCUGACCAUUGGGACAUCGGAAAAAGGCAGCGAUGCUGACGAUACGACUCUUCCUCCAUUCAGGCAUCUGUUAGUGGUCUUUGGUGGACUUCAGGGUCUGGAAGCGAGUGUGGACGCUGACCCAAACCUGGAUGUAACAGACCCCAGUGUACUAUUUGACCUCUACCUCAACACAUGUCCUGGCCAGGGAAGCCGCACCAUCCGCACCGAGGAAGCCAUACUGAUCUCCCUGUCAUCAUUGCGACAAAAAAUCGCCACUGCUAUAUCUGACCAGGCUAAAUGGUAACUUCAGGAAGUGACAUCACACACAUGAGCGCACUAAUGAAGCUGUGCGGAAAAGAACAUUUCAUCUGCAAAUGUUUUAGACCCAGCCACUGGAUUUGAGGAAUAUUCUGGACUGUACUAUUGCAUCUUUUAUUCUGUAAUAUUGUUAAUAUAAUUAUUUUGUCAUUCCACACACACACACAAAUAUUUCUAAUACA